AUGGAGAUCGAGUCUGCCGUCCGCAUCCCGUCGCCCGAGCCCGAGCGCCCGAGAAAGCGCUCACCUCCGUCGCGUUCCCCGUCUCCAAGGCGCUAUCGGUCCCCUCCGCGAGGGAGGUCGCGUACCAUCUCCCCCGACCACCGCGAUGACGACCGGGCACGCGACCGUGACCGCGACGACCGCCAGCGCGAUCUGGAGCUCCGCGCCAGACAGCCGUCGCCACCGAAGCCGGUGACGGAGGAGCAGAAGCAGGCCGCCGCGAAGGCCGAGUACGAGAAGUUGCUCAAUAUGCGCUCCGGAGGCACCUACAUUCCGCCCGCCAGGCUGCGCGCGCUCCAGGCCCAGAUCACGGACAAGUCCAGCAAGGAAUACCAGCGUAUGGCAUGGGAGGCGCUCAAGAAGUCGGUCAACGGUUUGAUCAACAAGGUCAACGUGUCCAACAUCAAGUUCAUCGUGCCUGAGUUGUUCAACGAGAACCUGGUCCGUGGACGCGGCCUAUUUUGCCGGAGUAUCAUGAAAGCACAAGCCGCUUCUCUCCCGUUUACCCCGAUCUACGCUGCCAUGGUGGCCAUCGUCAACACCAAGCUUCCGCAGGUCGGCGAGCUGCUUGUUACCAGGUUGGUUGUACAGUUCCGGAAGGCCUUCAAGCGAAACGACAAGGCUGUUUGUUUGUCGUCCACGACCUUCCUUGCCCAUCUUGUCAACCAGCAGGUUGUGCAUGAGAUGCUGGCCGCUCAGAUCCUCCUUCUACUGCUCCACAAGCCUACGGACGACAGUGUCGAGAUUGCGGUGGGGUUGACGAGGGAGGUUGGCCAACAUCUGGAGGAAAUGUCGCAGCCCAUUGCUCUGGCUGUGUUCGACCAGUUUCGGAAUAUCCUCCAUGAGGCUGACAUCGACAAGCGGACGCAAUACAUGGUUGAAGUUCUGUUCCAGGUCAGGAAGGACAAGUACAAGGAUAAUCCAUCGGUUCGGGACGAGUUGGAUCUGGUUGAAGAGGAGGACCAAAUCACGCACAAGAUCGGCCUUGAUGAUGAGGGGUUGGAAGUGCAAGAUGGCCUCAACAUUUUCAAGUACGAUGCUGAGUGGCAGGAGCACGAGGAUGCUUACAAGCAGCUGAAGGCUGAGAUCCUGGGCGAGGCUGAGGGAAGUGAUGACGACGAGGAGUAUGAAUCGGAUGAAAGUUCGGAUGAAGAAGAGGAGAAGAAGGAUCGCGAGCUUGAAAUCAAGGACCAGUCGAACACUGAUCUCGUCAAUCUCCGCCGAACAAUCUACCUCACAAUCAAGUCGAGUGGUGGAUUCGAGGAGUGUUGUCACAAGUUGAUGAAGAUCAACCUCCCGGCAGGCUACGAGUCCGAGCUUCCCUCGAUGAUUGUCGAGUGCGCCUCCCAAGAGCGCACAUACGACAAGUUCUACGGUCUCAUCGGUGAACGUUUCGCCAAGCUGAACAGACUUUGGAGGGAUCUGUUUGAAGAGGCAUUCGUAAAGCACUACGACACGAUCCAUCGGUACGAAACGAACCGUUUGCGUAUCGUCGCGCAGUUUUUUGGUCACCUUCUUGCCAGCGAUGGGAUUGGCUGGCACGUAUUGUCAUCCAUUCGCCUGAACGAAAACCAGACCACUUCAUCCAGCCGUAUCUUCAUCAAGAUACUCUUUGAAGAUUUGGCUCAGUCGAUGAGCAUGAAGAAGCUUGCCGAACGUAUGAGAGAGGACAUGCUGCAACCCUACUUCGACGGCAUUUUCCCCAAGGACGAGAGCAGAAACACCAGAUUUGCUAUCAACUUCUUCACGGCUAUCGGGAUGGGUGUGCUCACGGAGGACAUGCGCGAGUAUCUCAAGAACAUGCCGAAGCCAGCCCCUCCUCCAGCUCUACCAGAGCCGGAGAGCGACGGCGAGAGCGCUUCGUCGUACUCGAGCUACUCGAGUUACAGCUCACGAGUCACGGUCAAGAAGCCCACGUGGAAGGAGUCGGUCAAGGUCACCCACUCCAACUCGUCGCCGUACGGACCGCUCGUACAGCGACUCAGUCUCACGAUCCCCACCACCUCGACGCAGACGAGCUACGUCAUCGAUGUCUCGUUCUCCGUCACCGAAGCGGAAUGGACGCGCAAGAGAGUCGGUCUCGCGUUCGCCCACGCCCCCGCGAGCAGCACGCAAGGCUCGCAGCCCUUCUGCAUCUCGUUCGCGCAGUGCACCCCGCCGCCGCAACCGUAG